AUGUUCAAACUCUCCUCCCUCUUCUACCUCAUCCCUGUUUAUUUCUUCGUCAUUGCGCCUCUCCUCCGCCAACUCCUUCCUUCCGAUCCCUCGCCGUAUUCCGACAAUGGCAACAAAUACGAAGAAGGAGGAGAAGAAGAAGAAGAAGAGAGUCCUCUCCUCCUGAACCCUGAGUUCCUCAGCAUUGAUGACGGAGAACCUUUAACAUGCGCUCCCGAUAAUUACCGAGUACAUCUUUUCUCUCAAACACCGCUGAUCAUCUACAUUGAGGACUUUCUCUCUGUACAGGAGGCAGACCAUCUAGUGAACAUCAGUGUCCCAAACUACACGCCCUCCAUUAUUUACAACGGCCAAACAACCACCGUCGAUCCCAGGAAACGCCACUCUGACCGCGCCCUUCUCCCCCGGGACGCGACGGUGCGCUGCAUCGAAUCUCGCGCCAAGGCCUUCCAGGGCUGGAAACCUCACCUGCACAUCGAGCGGAUGUGGGCACAGCGCUACAAUGUCUCCGGCCACUACGUCCACCACUACGACUGGGCGGACAGCGCGCGCAGCCGCGGCGGCGACAGACUGAGCACGUUCAUGGUGUAUCUGGCGGCGGAUUGCGAGGGCGGCGGCACGAACUUCCCGCGACUCCGGAAGCCGCGCGAUCGAAGCUGGUGUCGGUUUAUCGAGUGCGAUGACACUGCAAGUGAAGCCGGUGGCGACGGCAAAGGCCAAGGGGUGACGUUCAAGCCGGUCAAGGGAAACGCAGUGUUCUGGGAGAACCUCCGACCGGAUGGCUCGGGAUAUCCGGAGACAUGGCAUGCCGCGUUUCCGGUGACGCGGGGGGAGAAGAAUUACCCUAAUUCAAUCUGCAUUUCUCAACCUCGUCCCGAGGCAUGUAUGUAUACUGCCAAAAACCGCACCCAUAAGAACAGCCAACCCAUACCGCUUCUCAUUUCACAAUCUCCAUCCACUCCACUACGAAUUAAUACGACAUGA